AUGCCUACAUCCGUGCACCAGCCGAGAACGCUAUACGACAAGAUCUGGGAUGACCAUGCGAUCGAUGUCGACGAGAAUGGGCAGGGCCUGAUCUACGUAGACCGCCACCUAGUCUUCGAAGUUAGCAGCCCGCAGGCGUUCGAGGGGCUUCGCGCCGCAGGCCGCCCCGUUCGCCGUCCGGACUGCACGCUCGCAACCGUUGACCAUAACAUCCCAACCGUUUCCCGCAAGAACUUCACCACCGUCGAAGACUUCGUCACGCAACCCGACUCGCGCGCGCAGUGCAUGACGCUGGAGGAAAAUGUGAAGGCCUUUGGCCUGACGUACUUCGGCAUGACGGACAGGCGGCAAGGAAUCGUGCACGUUAUCGGUCCUGAGGAGGGCUUCACGCUGCCCGGGAUCACUCUCAUGUGCGGAGACUCUCACACGUCCACCCACGGCGCAUUCGGCGCGCUCGCAUUCGGCAUCGGCAGCUCCGAAGUCGAGCACGUCCUCGCCACCCAGACGCUCCUGCAGCGCAAGUCGAAGAACAUGCGCGUCAUCGUCGACGGCACGCUUGCCGAGGGCGUCACCGCCAAGGACGUCGUCCUGCACAUCAUCGGCACCAUCGGCACCGCGGGCGGCACGGGCUGCGUCAUCGAGUACGCAGGCUCUGUCGUGCGCGGGUUUAGCAUGGAGGCGCGCAUGAGUAUGUGCAACAUGACUAUCGAGGGUGGCGCACGCGCGGGCAUGGUCGCGCCCGACGAGACCACGUUCAACUACCUCCGCAACCGUCCGCUCGCGCCAAAGGGGGAUGUGUGGGAUCGCGCAGAGGCGUACUGGCACACGCUCAAGUCGGACGAGGGCGCGAAGUUCGACGUAGAGGUGAUCAUUCGCGGGGAGGAUAUCGUCCCGACCGUCACCUGGGGCACAUCCCCCGAGGACGUUGUGCCCAUUACCGGGAAGGUUCCCGACCCCGCCUCAUUCCCAGACGCCGGAAAGCGCGCUGCGGUUGAGCGUGCACUGCAAUACAUGGGCCUGGAACCCAACACUCCAAUGGAGGAGGUCAGGCUCAACAAGGUGUUCAUCGGCUCGUGCACAAACUCGCGCAUCGAGGACCUGCGCUCCGCCGCGAAGAUCGUCCUCUCCGUCGGCCCCGAGGCCAAGAUCGCAGAUGGUCUGUACGCGAUGAUCGUCCCGGGAUCAGGCCUCGUCAAGCAACAAGCCGAGGCAGAAGGUCUCGACGCCGUCUUCAAGCGCGCCGGGUUCGACUGGCGCGAGGCGGGCUGCUCGAUGUGCCUCGGCAUGAAUGAAGACAAGCUCGUCGCGGGGGAGCGCUGCGCCAGCACGAGCAACCGCAACUUCGAGGGUCGCCAGGGACCCGGCGGGCGCACGCACCUAGUCAGCCCCGCCAUGGCGGCCGCGGCUGCGCUGACCGGCAAGCUUACGGACGUGCGCCGGUUCCUGGGUGUGGAGGCGGAGGCGAGGAUCGCUGCGGGUCCGAAGCUGAAGCUCGCGAGCGCGGCUGAGUUCCUGACAGACCCGGUUCUUCCCCCUCCUGAGCCAACCGAAUCGAUGGGUGCCACGGAACGCGCGCUGCCGAAGACCGAUGUGCCCUCGAACGUCGGCAAGUUCUCAGUGCUCAAGGGCAUCGCGGUCCCGCUGCACAUCGAGAACCUCGACACGGACAAGAUCCUGCCCGGGCGUUUUCUGAAAGUAAUCAAACGGACGGGUCUCAAAGAUGCACUGUUUGCCGACCUCCGCUGGGGCGCGGACGGCCAGCUUACGAACUUCGUGCUGAACCGCGAACCAUACACGCGUGCACGCAUCCUCGUGUGCGACAAACCCAACUUCGGCUGUGGCAGCUCGCGCGAGCACGCGCCCUGGGCACUAAAGGACUUCGGAAUCAUGUGUGUCAUCGCGCCGAGCUUCGCGGAGAUAUUCAUGAAUAACACAUACCAGAACGGGAUGCUCCCCGUCAUCCUGCCCACGGAGCAAUGCGGGGCGCUCGCGACGGAGGCGGAGCAGGGCCUCGAGCUCGAAGUCGACCUGGAGAAGCAGGAGGUGCGGCGCGCGAGCGGGCAGCCCGCGCUCCCGUUCGCAGUCGACGCGUUCCGCCGGCACUGUCUACUGAACGGACUGGACGACAUCGCGUUGACGUUGCAGCGCACGGCGCUGAUCGAGGAGUUCGAGCGGCGGCGGAGCGAGGCGUGGCCGUGGCUGGACGGGCUCGGAUACAAGGGCAAGCGCAUCCCGGUCACUGGUGGGAAGGCGACGCUGGAAUGGUGA